AUGGAACGAAGACGUUUACAACAUCGACGAAUGAAACAACAAAAACGAAUCUGUACUAGUCAACCAGAUUUAACCAAAGACGAUCAUCAUCAACAACAUCGCCAAAGUCUGACGGAUCUCUCGUCGACAUUGGAAACUUCAAUCAAUCGAUCUGUUUCCCAAUUAAUUAAUGAAUUCGAGACACGUGCUCUUAAUACUUCGUCUUCUUCAUAUACUCAAAAACAAUUACCAAUGGUUAAUGAUAUUGUUUGCCGUAAAGUAGAAUCUAAUAGUCGACACAUGUCCAUCAGGACAAUGAAUAUCAAGGAUGGUAAUAAUAAUGACAGCGACAGUAUCAACAAUACCGUCUGUUCGUCGAUUUCUCAUGUCAUCAAGGCUGGCAAUUCGAGAGUUACAUUUGGAAUACAACGGCACCAACACACCGACGACGAUAAGGAACGAGAGAAAGGAGAGCGAGUCAUACAUCAAACAUUGAAUAACGAUCGUCAUAAACAAAACCUGCCACUAUUAUCAAUCUGCACCAUUGAGAACAAGAAUAACAAUCAUCAAUAUCCAAGACAAAUGUUGACACGAAGUACGGAUAUUGAUGAAGCUGCAUUAACCUUAGGCAAACGACAUGAUAUUCGUUUUCAUGAUUUAAUUAUCAAAGAAGCACAAUUGAAUAAUGCACUCGCUGAUUUAUUUUCACUAUCAAACGAUGCGGAUGAGUCUUCUUCAAUAAACUCGUCAUUAAAAUCUACUACUCUUACUAACAAUGAUCAUCGACAAAGAUCGAAUAACAAAACGAGUACAAUUUCGGAUAGUAUCGAUUUAUUAAACAAUUUACUGGAAACCUUAGAUUCCGAUCACGAAACGUUUACGACUAAGAACAAAGCAACGAAAGAAAUCAAAACGAAUGAUAAAUGUCCUUUAAAACCAAUCAAUAUGUUUUGUCUCAUGAUGUCAGAUAAUAUCUGUGCCAAUUGUCAUCAGUCAUUUGCCACGAAUGAACAAAUCGUCAAUGCAGCUGGACAGAUUUGGCACACGCAUUGUUUUGUUUGCACUCAGUGUUUUCAACCAUUUGAGAAUGGCAUCUAUUUUGAACAUGAAGAUCGAAAAUAUUGUGAGCGAGAUUUUCAAAUGUUAUUCGCACCAUGUUGUGCCGAAUGUAAACAAGCAAUUGUUGGUCGUGUUAUUCGUGCAAUACAGAAAUGUUUUCAUCCUGAUUGUUUCCGCUGUCAAUCAUGCCAGAUUCCGUUGAUCGAAAUGGGAUUCUCGAAAUAUAACGGAAAGGCAUUAUGUCGAGAAUGUCAUACGAAAGAGAAAACAAAAGAUCUAAGUAUAUCUCAACACAUUUGCUCCAAAUGCCAUCAAUUUAUUGAUAAUAACUGUUUAAAAUACAAAGAUGAGUUCUACCAUUCGUAUCAUUUCCAAUGUACAACUUGCCAAGUCCAACUAGAUGAGAAUGGCCGAGAAGUACGAGGUUUAUUGUAUUGUCUUCCAUGCCAUAAUAAACUCGAUGUACCUGUGUGUGCUGCCUGUCGCCGAUUAAUCGAUGAUCGAGUUAUAAGCGCGUUGGGAAAGCAAUGGCAUGUUGAGCAUUUCUGCUGUGCACGAUGUGGUCAACCGUUUUACGGAAGUAAACAUUUUGAGAACAAAGGUUUACCUUAUUGCGAAGCAGAUUACCAUCUUUUAUUUGGUUCGUCGUGUUUUAUCUGCAAUACACUUCUGACGGAUGGUGGUAAGUGA